GCCUCGCCGGCCGGCCGGCAGCACUUUCGCCUGGAGCGCGGCAGCGGCCGCCUCGUUCUCGCCGAGCGGCUCGAUCGGGAGGAGAUGUGCGGUCGCUCCCGCACCUGCACGCUCGCCUUCGAGCUGCUGCUCGUCGAUCCCCUGCAAAUUGUCCGGUUAGAGGUGUCCGUGGAGGACAUCAAUGACCACUCGCCGGUCUUCCCGGACGAACGAGUCACGUUUAAGAUCCCAGAAUUGACUGAACCUGGCUCACGUUUCAGUGUGGUGGGGGCUCACGACCUGGACAUAGGCAGCAAUGACAUCCAGGCCUACAGCAUUAUUCCUGAGAAUGACUAUUUCCGUGUGUCAACUCAAAAGCUGCGUGAGGGCAAUUUGAAUGUUGAACUUGUUUUGCAGAAAGCACUGGACAGAGAGGAGCAGGCAGAGUUGGAUUUCACUCUCAUUGCCACAGAUGGGGGCUCUCCACCGAGGAGUGGUUCCACCCAAAUCCACAUCCUAGUUCUGGAUGUAAAUGACAAUAAACCCAUUUUCACACAGGACGUAUAUUAUGGGAAAAUUGUGGAAAAUGCCCCAGAGGGCUCAUUAGUUCUCAGCGUGUUGGCAACCGAUGCAGAUAUGGGAAUUAACGGGAACAUUUCCUAUCAGUUCAGCCAAGCAGUGGGCCAGAGCCAGUCAGCAUUUACAAUCAACAACAAAAAUGGAGAAAUUCGAGCAAGGCAACCUCUGGAUUUUGAAGCUUCACAGAAACAUGAGCUGAGUGUGCAGGCUACGGAUGGUGGAGGACUCUCGGCACUCUGCCAUGUGUUGAUUGAGGUGGUGGAUGAGAAUGACAAUGCACCGGAGAUCGUGGUCAGUUCCUUCAGCAACUCAAUUCGUGAGAGUGCUGUACCGGGAACAGUGGUUGCUGUUUUUGCUGUCAGGGACCAGGAUUCCGGUGUCAAUGGAGAGGUCAGCUGUGCCCUUGUAAACCAGCUCUCCUUCUCCCUCAGGCCAGCCUUUAAGAAUUACUAUGAGCUGGUGACCGUGAGCACAAUCGCCUCGCCGGCCGGCCGGCAGCACUUUCGCCUGGAGCGCGGCAGCGGCCGCCUCGUUCUCGCCGAGCGGCUCGAUCGGGAGGAGAUGUGCGGACGCUCCCGCACCUGCACGCUCGCCUUCGAGCUGCUGCUCGUCGAUCCCCUGCAGUUCUUUCCCAUUGAGGUGUCCGUGGUGGACAUCAAUGACCACUCGCCGGUCUUCCCGGACGAACGAGUCACGUUUAAGAUCCCCGAAACCAGCGACCCGGGCUCACGUUUCCCCGUGGGGGCUGCUCAGGACCUGGACAUUGGCAGCAAUGACAUCCAGGCUUACAGCAUCGUUCCUGAGAACGAGUACUUCAGUGUCUUCACUCAGAGUGAGAGUGACAAGUAUAUAGAACUGGUUUUGGAAAACCCUCUGGACAGAGAGGAGCAGGCAGAGUUGGAUUUCAGUCUCGUUGCCACAGAUGGGGGUUCUCCACCGAGGAGUGGUUCCACCCAAAUCCACAUCCUAGUUCUGGAUGCAAAUGACAAUGCUCCGAUCUUCACACAGAAGGUGUACAUUGGGCAGGUUUGGGAGAAUGCUCCAGUAGGCUCUGUUGUUCUCAAAGUGGUGGCCAGCGAUGCAGAUGAGGGUGCUAAUGGUGACAUUUCAUAUCAGUUCAGCCAAACAGUUGGACUUAGCCAUUCAUUGUUCACGAUUAACUCCAGAACAGGGGAAAUUGGAAUUGCAAAGCAUUUAGAUUUUGAAGCUGCACAGAAACAUGAGCUCACUGUGCAGGCAAUUGAUGGUGGGGGUCUCUCAACCAUGUGCAAUGUAGUAGUGGAGGUGGUGGAUGUGAAUGACAACGCACCAGAGAUCAUGGUCAGUUCCUUCAGCAGCCCCAUCCCUGAAAACACAGAGCCUGGCACAGUGGUUGCACUGUUUGCUGUCAGGGACCGGGAUUCCGGUGUCAAUGGGGAGACAAGUUGUGCCCUUGAAGACCAGCUCUUCUUCUCCCUCAGGCCAGCCUUUAAGAAUUACUAUGAGCUGGUGACCGUGAGCACACUGGACCGGGAGGAGAGAGCCCAGCACAUCAUGGUUGUGACGGCAGCAGAUGCAGGGUCUCCUCCUCUCACCACCACGCACACCUUCACCGUGGACAUCUCCGAUGUCAACGACAACGCACCCGUCUUCAACCAGACGUCGUACACCAUGUUUGUGCGUGAGAACAAUGUCCCUGCGCUGCUCGUUGGGGCCGUCAAUGCAAGGGAUGCGGACGCGGGGCCCAACGGCAAGGUGAGUUCCUGAAGCCCGUCCUCCCCAGCCUGCCAGCGCAGCACUGCAGCACGGGGGUGGCUGACAAUUAUGCUGAGGAGUUUUGUCCCGUCCCUCCCACCAUGGGGGAUUCUGAUUUCGAGAGCCCCGGGACCCAUCCUGUUGGACAGCUUGCUGGGUUUUCCUUGGAUUAGCAUUGUGUUUGUGCAUCCAGAGGUUUCAUGACUUUUGUUACAAUGGGAUCUGUGCUAUGAUACCUCACUAUGUUUUCUCCAGAGUGAAUAUGCAUUUUCUCUUAGCAUCAUAAAUUUCACCACGAUACUCUUUCGGAACAAAGCUUUUUCCCCUCCUCUUCAAUAUAAAAACAAUAAAUGAAAGAAAAUAUUUUUUCUCUCCUGUAGGCAAAUAUAUUUUCCAUCUCUUUUAUGUCUUUUUCUGAUCUGCUUCUAGAAUGUGUUUAUUUCCUUGUUGUCCUACUAAUGUCUUGUACCAUUUUCUUCUGUAUGGAACAAAGGAUCUCACUCUCUCUUACUCAGUUCUGUAACAAAACUGUGGGACUGGGCACACAAAUCCUCUGCUCUUGGGAACACAGCAUAGCCUGCCUGUCAUGUCAUCUGGGCAAGGAAGUUGUGAGCUCUGUGUAACAAUGCAGUAUAAGUGCUGCUGGCUUUCUUUGCUGGAUUAUAGAUCUCUUUCACUCUGAGAUUUGUAUUUUGCCUUCUGGUUGGUGUCUUUCCAUGUAACAAUUGUUUCUACAUGAACUGCACUAGUGCUUCCCAAGAAGUUGCUCGUAUCUACAUGUUAUGAUACAUGCUCUUGCAUCUCAGCUAUCAAGAUGGGUCAUUUCUCUGAGUCCAGCAGGUCUCUAAGCAAGAGUUAAAAAGUGCACAAAAAGUGUAUCUAAAAUGUGGAUGAUACGUCUCCUUGGGGUUGCCUCAUAAUAUAGCAGCACUAGUGCUGCAUUGGAGUAAGCUGUACUUAGCUGUGAAAAUAUGUUCCUUGUGUUUGAAUGCAUUCUAGGACAAGUCCACGAGUUGCCUCAGAAGACACUGAAGUCACUACUGAGACAAGCAUAUGCAACAAAGGACCUUCCAGUUUGGUCUUCAUUCCUGUUUGCUGAGGCUUCUCAGUGUGAAAAUCCAUUAUGAUAUGAUUUUCUAGGUUUUUCUUGUAACUCUAGCAUUCUCUCUCUUUUUUGUUUUUACCUUUUCUUUUUCUUUUAUGAACUGAGUUUUAACUGUCUUACCUAUUCCCUUUAAGAUGUACUGUCACCCCACAUGCAAUAGUUGAUUAUUGGAAUGAAAAGUGAUAUGGCAUUAAAUAUUUGGAAACUUUCAUGCCAUGUUGAGCUAAGGUUACAAACUGUAUAUUUGUAAAUCAGGAUGACCUUGUCUGUAAUACUGAAAUAAAAGAACAUCUGGGUGCCAUUCCUUCAAUAAAAGAUGUCAUU